AUGCUUUUCUUUUCAUCCCGAAACGUGGUAAACGCCCACCGCAUACUCACGCUUAACGCAUCAUCCAUCACCAAAAGAGCGCUCACCAAGAACAACAACAACAGCCACAACCACCGCAUAGUGUCAUCUCCCAACGGCAGCAAAAUCAGCACACAUGAGCACAAAGAUGCCAACAACAAUAAUGAUGCUCACGAUCAAAUAAACAAUGGUAGCGUAUUUGCCAAUAGCAGCGAGGACAACCCGGCCAUAGAGAAUGAACAUCAGGAAAGAAAUAUCGCCAAGGAUGCAGUCAGGGCUGCGGCGGACGAGGAUGUAAGGGUUUUGCCGGCUGAUUCGUGGAAGCGCAAUAAAGUGAGAGAACUUGACCGCUGA